AUGACAAAAGAAACUGUAAAAAAGAAAGUUUGCCAGUUCUAUACUAUUCAAGAAAAGGUGAUUGUUGUUCAAUAUGCCCUUCGUGAAAGUAAUACCAAGGCUGCUGCAAAGUUUGGUUUGGAUAAGUCUCAAGUUGGCUAUUGGGUAACAAAACUAAAGGACCAAUUAAAUGAGAUAGUUGAAAUGCGUAAUGCAGUACUUGCCAUAACCUAUAAUAGUCUCAAGUUAGAGAUGUUAAAAAUUGUUUCUGAAACUGCCUCAAAAAGCUAUGAACUUGUAAAAAGGCAGCUUGCAAGUAGUUUCAAGACUUCCUCUACAUGGUUAGGCAAAAGAUGGCCUAAAACUAAUAAGUCUUCUUCUCCUCCUGGUGUAAUUGUUUCCUUUCAUAAGAAAGGUUGGAUAGAUGAACAGGAAAUUAGUCCUGAGAUUAUUCAACGUGCUUUUCACAAAUGUUCUAUUUCUAAUGCCAUGGAUGGUUCAGAGAAUAAUGAAAUACUAACUUACCAAACCUCUGAUGAAAUUCACCGUGAUGAUGAUGAAAUUUGCCAUGAUGAAGUUUCUAGUGAAAAUAUUAUUAUUAUUGAUUCUAGUGAUGAUAAAGACAAUAAUUCUAAUCAGGAUAUUUUUGUUGGAGAAGACGAAGAAGUUCUUAUUUUUACAACAAAUCAAUAG